AUGAGGCGUGUGAUGAGGAGUGUCAUCGCAUCGUGCAACGAGUGCAAGUUGCAGCGAGCUCGGCCGAUGCCGCCAAUAAUGGGACCCCAUCCAGAAGACAGAUUGGAUGCGGGUGGCUGGCCAUUCAAGUACACUGGACUGGACUACUUUGGGCCACUGUUGGUGACUGUGUCCCGUCACAAGGAGAAGCGUUGGGUCGCCAUGUUUUCGGAUAACGGCAAGAACUUCGUGGGAGCUGACAGGGAAGCUAGACGCUUUGGUGACGUGUUCGAGAUGGAGAAGAUUCAGAGUGAGUUGUCGAGCAGAAUCAUUCAAUGGAUCUUCAAUUGCCCAGUAAACCCGUCUAAGAGCGGAGUAUGGGAGCGCAUGGUGCAGUGCGUCAAACGAGUACUGCGUCAUACCCUGAAGGAAGUUGCGCCGAGGGACCACGUACUGGAGAGUUUCCUGAUUGAAGCGAAGAAUAUUGUCAACUCGCGUCCGCUUACCCACUUGCCUGUGGAUGUGGACCACGAGGCGCCCUUGACGCCUAAUGACCUACUCAAGGGAGUGGCCAAUCUGCCGUAUACGCGUGGAUUGGAUGCGGAACUGCCCAAGGAGUGCUCUACGAGAAAGUAG